CGGGCGGGCUUUUCCUUCUGCCUCCCUAUAUUUUCUGGAAUAUCCGUUCUUCUCUUUUACAAACUGACUAUAUAAAACCACCCCUUCUCGCCUUGCAGAAGGCAUCUGACUUUCUCAAAGAUACCAGACAAGCUCUCAGAGCAUCCUCGGAGAGGCCAGGGACAGGGGCGCAGGUGCACCGAGAAGACUAAGGGGUGCGCUUCUUCGCGACUUGGGGCUCUUUCUCUCUCUGCGCUCUCCAGGCACUGAACUCUGAGUUGCAAGGACAGGAGAGCCGGCCCUUCCCGACAGAGGUUCUGUCACGGGUGCAUCCCAGGGAGGUGUAUCCAGCUGCCGCCGCCUCCCGGGCUCGGAGCGCGCAGACCUCCUAUCUUCGCGCAUCUCCAUCACCCCGGUCGUCCCUCCCUGCCGUAACCACGGGGCACCCGCGCGCGGAUCGAGGAAUCUCUGCCCUCUGCGUUCGGCUCCUGCCUCUGAUCACGGCCGGUGGGCUCCCUACGCGCUGGUCCUUCCGGACCUGACCGCCGCUGAGCCGCGCGGCUGUGCGCUCCGCGCUCUGGUGGUUGCCUAGCAGGGCGCGCAUCCCGCCUUGCACCCUGUGCUCCGGGGCUGCAGAGGGAGCAGUCCUCCUCCUCCUCCUCCUUCCCGACCCCCGGCUCUGCUGGCCUCCCCCACCAGCUGGCCCGUCUACUACCGCGCCCGGUGAGGUCUCUCUGCCUUCUUGCGUCAAGCAUGUCAGGCUCUGGGCGGAAAGACUUCGAUGUGAAGCACAUCCUGCGACUCCGCUGGAAACUCUUCAGCCACCCGUCGCCGGCCCCCGGCGGCCCGGCGGGGGGCGGCUGCCUGCAACAGGACGGCAGCGGCAGCUUCGAGCACUGGGGACCCAGCCAGAGCCGCCUGCUCAAAAGCCAAGAGAAGGGCAGCGUAAGCACUUUCUGGAAGAAGCCUUCCUCUUCCUCCUCUUCUUCGUCGUCCUCCCCGUCCUCUUCCUCCUCUUCCUUUAACCCACUGAAUGGCACCUUGCUGCCAGUGGCCACAAGGCUGCAGCAAGGGGCGCCCGGGCAGGGCACCCAACAGCCAGCCAGGACUCUCUUCUACGUGGAGUCUCUAGAGGAGGAGGAGGUGCCAGGCAUGGACUUUCCUGGACCACACGAUAAAGGGCUGGUCCUGCAAGAGCUCAAAGUGGAGCCGGCCAGCUCAAGCCAGGCAACAGGUGAAGGAUGUGGACACAGGCUGACAGCUACUAGCCAUUCAUUGACCCCUCAAAGUGAUAUGGACUCCAGUAGCUCUGAAGAAUUCUAUCAGGCUGUUCACCAUGCUGAGCAAACCUUCAGAAAAAUGGAAAGUUACUUGAAACAACAACAACUCUGUGAUGUUAUCCUGAUUGUCGGGAACCGAAAAAUACCUGCACACAGGCUUGUUCUGAGCUCAGUCUCCGACUAUUUUGCUGCCAUGUUUACAAGUGAUGUUUGUGAGGCCAAGCAAGAGGAGAUCAAGAUGGAAGGCAUAGACCCCAAUGCCCUCUGGGACCUUGUGCAGUUUGCAUAUACAGGUUGCUUGGAAUUAAAGGAAGACACCAUUGAAAACCUUCUUGCUGCAGCAUGCCUUCUUCAGCUUCCUCAAGUAGUGGAAGUGUGCUGCCAUUUCCUCAUGAAGCUGUUGCACCCAUCCAACUGUUUGGGGAUCCGAGCCUUUGCAGAUGCUCAAGGGUGCAUUGAGUUAAUGAAAGUAGCCCACAGCUACACAAUGGAAAACAUAAUGGAAGUUAUGAGAAAUCAAGAGUUUUUACUGCUUCCAGCUGAGGAGCUCCAUAAACUCCUGGCCAGCGAUGAUGUAAAUGUUCCUGAUGAAGAAACUAUCUUCCAUGCAUUAAUGAUGUGGGUCAAGUAUGAUAUGCAGAGGCGAUGCAAUGACUUGAGUAUGCUUCUUGCCUUUAUAAGACUGCCACUGCUUCCACCACAGAUACUGGCUGACCUAGAAAACCAUGCAUUAUUUAAGAAUGAUCUGGAAUGUCAGAAGCUGAUUCUGGAAGCAAUGAAGUAUCAUCUAUUGCCAGAAAGAAGAACUUUAAUGCAAAGUCCAAGAACUAAACCUAGAAAAUCUACUGUUGGAACUCUGUAUGCAGUAGGAGGAAUGGAUAACAACAAAGGAGCUACAACCAUAGAGAAAUAUGACCUCAGAACAAAUUUGUGGAUCCAGGCAGGGAUGAUGAGCGGCAGGAGAUUGCAGUUUGGUGUGGCUGUUAUUGAUGACAAACUCUUUGUAAUUGGAGGUCGAGAUGGCUUAAAGACAUUGAACACUGUUGAAUGUUACAAUCCCAAAACCAAGACCUGGACUGUCUUACCACCAAUGUCAACACAUAGACAUGGUCUAGGUGUAACAGUACUUGAAGGUCCUAUUUAUGCUGUGGGAGGCCAUGAUGGCUGGAGUUAUCUGAAUACAGUGGAGAGAUGGGACCCCCAGAGUCAGCAAUGGACAUUUGUAGCCAGUAUGUCCAUUGCCCGAAGCACAGUUGGUGUGGCAGCAUUGAAUGGCAAGUUAUAUUCAGUUGGAGGUCGUGAUGGAAGUUCCUGUUUGAGUUCAAUGGAAUAUUAUGACCCUCAUACAAAUAAGUGGAACAUGUGCGCUCCAAUGUGUAAGCGGAGAGGGGGUGUUGGAGUGGCCACCUGCGAUGGGUUUCUCUAUGCGGUAGGAGGUCAUGAUGCUCCUGCUUCAAAUCAUUGUUCCCGGUUACUAGAUUAUGUAGAAAGAUAUGAUCCCAAAACAGACACAUGGACCAUGGUGGCUCCUUUGAGUAUGCCCAGAGAUGCUGUUGGAGUCUGUCUCCUUGGUGACAGAUUAUAUGCUGUUGGUGGCUAUGAUGGGCAGACAUACCUCAACACCAUGGAAUCCUAUGAUCCACAAACAAAUGAGUGGACACAGAUGGCUUCUUUGAAUAUUGGGAGAGCAGGUGCCUGUGUGGUAGUCAUCAAGCAACCUUGACUUAUUUUUAUUUGGAGAGAUUUUAUUUGCUGGAGUGGUUAUUUUUAUAUCAGAAGGCAAGAAUGAGAACUUCCUGAGGUGAAAAUUCUUCAAGAACAAGGAUUUCUGUAGAUUUACCUACUGAUGUCAAAAGAGGUAGAA